AUGGAAGAAAGUAAGCACGAAGAACCUGACUCAGCACUCUCUAACACUCAAAAAACUUCACCGUUCGACCCAUCACCGAAGAUCUCUUCGCUAACCCCAGAAAACGUAACUAAAACUAGUGUAGAACCUACUCAAAGUACUACUAGCUCUUCAAUAGACACAGCCAGAAAAGAUAUUAUACAAUCAUCUACCGGUUCAGAAAAUAGCAAGAGAGUAAGCACUUCUACUCCUCCUUUUGAAUCGGACUCUUAUAGCAACACCACAUCCUCCUUGUUGACAAGAUCUAUCCCGCUACCUAUACAUCAUCAAAUGGAGCACUAUAGGCUUCCUGAAAUGACACCUCAAAAUAAUCAUUCAAAUAACACGUUCCCUCAAUAUCAGCAACCAUCUUCUACACAGAGGCUGCAACAUCCGUCGCAGCAUCUACCGAGUAGGCCCCACACCAUUCAACCCAUUUAUAGGUCGCCGGUCACACAGCUACCCCAGUUGUCUCAUGCCUUUUCUACAGCCGGGUCGCCACAGGCUCCCGUUCUUUCGCAUAGCAACGCUUCCCCAGCAAUUCAAUAUCCGGCGUAUCAAUCUCAACAUCAGCAAAUACCCCUACAAAUGAAUCCCUAUGAAAAACAGAGUCAGUUCCAUUCGUUUUCUGGCUAUCCUCAACAACAGCAACAACAGCUACAGGAACAACAACAUCAACAACAUCACCAGCUACAGCAACAGCAACAAUCUCAUCAGCAACUACUUCAAUUUUCACAACAGCCUCAACAAUCACAACAGCCACAGCAACCACUUACAUAUUCUCAAUUUCACGGUUCGACACAGCUAGAUACCCCUACGAACUUUUAUUACCAACAGAUGCAACCAAUUCAGAACAUGCAACCAAUGCAAAACAUAUCACCCAUUCACCAUCAACAGCAUCUACACCAGCAACCUCCACCACUAAUGAUUCAGCGAGCUCAACAGCAACAUCAGUUUUUACCUUCUCAUCAAAUGUAUUCACCACAGAAUUUAAGUGAUCAGCCUAACAGCUUUUAUACUCAACAAUUCACUCCCCAGCAAUUGACUAACCAAAAACGUGGCUCUGUAACGUCUAGUAAACCAACUUCUCCUAUUGAAUCACAGAAGAAAAGUAGGGAAGGCUCACGCCAAGAAGAAUCCUUUCUGGGGACGAAAGACUUUCCUAGAAAAGGGAAGCAUGCUCCACUCGGCCUUUUAAAGCCAGAAGAAGAACGUGAGAAAUGCAGCCCAGACAGUAGAAUUGAAAAACCAGCUUGUAGUUUGAUCACUAAUAAUAAAAAGCCGAAACCUUUGAGUUUGGGGAAGUAUAGCAACUUGGUGGCACAAAGCAAGCUCGAUCCAAUAACGAGGGAAGCAGCCGAAAAUUACUUGACACAUCAUUCUGACUCAAUAAAAUUAUCAAAAGACUUGCUAUGGGCUGCUACCGUUUCCAAAGAUAUUACAAAGUUUCAUCAGUACAUUCUUGAGAAUGGAGCUAUUCAACAUUUUUUAGAACAAGAACGUAGCACGCAAUCAGAGACCUUUGAAUUUGAUCAGAAUAAUUAUAAAAUUGAGGAGUUUUAUAAAUACAUACGUGACUUUCCCACAGAGGAGUUAGUCAACUUGAAUGCCAUUUUUUCAAAACUAUCUGUUAUGCUCAGUGAUUGGAUAAGUUUGAAGGAAAAAAAUGUCGAAGCCUUUGAUUUUCAAUAUUUUGUCAAAAAAAUCGCAGAUCGAGGAACGAACGAGGGUAUAGUUCGGCAUGCUAGGACUUCCAAUUUCCCGGGAGAGUCGGUCUCUUUACAAGUCAUCCCGGUCAAGCCCAACACAAAAACGAAUUCAAGUGCGAUGUUCAACUCUCAAGGGACCUUACAACCAGAUUUAAGUAUCAAGGUUAAAAUGGUCUGUCAACAUUGCGGCUCUACAUCUACUCCUGAAUGGCGUAAAGGUCCAGAGGAUGCCAGGACCUUGUGUAAUGCCUGUGGAUUAUUCCAUACAAAAUUAGUCAAGAAAAUGGGCAGCGAAGCAGCAGCUAAGGAGCUGAAGCGCAGAAGAGAUGAAGGAGAGCAAACCAAUAGAAGAAUUUAA